AUGUUCAAGAUGUCACAGCGCCCGGUUAUUGCGAUUUGCGGUCUUGCCUGCGAGACGUCCAUGUUCACGCCGUCCCGCACGGGGGCAGCUGCAUUUCACGCCAAGACUGGCGAAGCGGCCGUGGGCCUCUACCGCUUCCUCGAUGCAGGAACGCCACUAGCAGCGGCAGCUGAUUGGCGGGGAGCUCUGAUCGGACGGGCUCUGCCAGGCGGAAUGGUGACGCGGGAGGCAUACGAGGAGCUGGCGGGCGAGAUGGUGUCGCGGCUGGCGGCGAUAGUGAGGAGCGUGGCGCUGGACGGGCUCUGGUUCGACAUCCACGGGGCGAUGGUAGUGAAGGGCCUGGACGACGUGGAGGCCGAUCUUCUGGAACGCGUACGUGCGGUGGUGGGUGCGGCGGUGGUGGUGUCUGCAUCGAUGGACCUGCACGGCAACGUGUCGCGGGCGCUGGCGCACAUGGUCGACCUCAUUACGUGCUACCGGCUAGCACCGCACGAGGACGAGCUGGAGACGAAGGAGCGGGCGUGCCGCAACCUGGUGAGCUGCCUGUCGAGCUCUGACAAGGGCCGUCCGAUCAAGGCGUGGGUGCCGGUGCCGAUUUUGCUGCCGGGCGAGCAGACGUCAACGCGAGACGAGCCGGCAAAGCACGUGUACGCGGCCGUGUCCGUGGUGGAGGGGUUGCCGGGGAUUCUGGACGCGGCCAUCUGGGUGGGCUACGCAUGGGCAGACGAGCCGCGCAACCGGGCGGCCGUGGUGGUGACGGGCUGGGACACAGAGGCGGUGGCUGCGGGUGCCGAGCGGCUGGCCCGGUUGUUCUGGGCAGCACGCGCCGAUUUCCACUUUGUGGCGCCGACCGGGUCACUGGACGAGUGCCUGGAUGUGGCGCUGGCAUCGGAUGCGGCGCGGCCGUACUUUGUGUCGGACUCGGGCGACAACCCAACAGCCGGCGGAUCGGGUGACGUCACCUGGGGCCUCCAGCAGCUGCUGGCACGUCCCGAGUUCAACCCGCAGAGCAGAGCUGAUCCGCCGCUGGCACCCCAUAUCAAAACGGUCAUUUACGCCAGCAUUCCCGGGCCGGAGGCCGUGCUCGCAGCCGUGGCCGCCGGCGUCGGCAACACAGUCACGGUGACGGCCGGUGCAGCCGUCGACAACCUUCACGCCGGUCCCAUCACGCUGACGGGACGCGUGCACGCAAUCCGCCACGGCGACCGCUACGCGCAGAUCGAGGUGGUCCUGCAGGUGGGCCGGGUGUUUGUCAUCCUGACAGAGCUGCGCAAGCCGUACCACUAUGAGCAUGACUUUACCAACCUGCGGCUGCAGCCACGCGAGGCGGACAUUGUGCUCGUGAAGAUCGGCUAUCUGGAGCCGCAGCUGUACGACAUGGCGGCUGACUGGAUGCUGGCACUGACGCCAGGCGGCGUCGACCAGGACCUGCGGCGGCUGGGUCAUCGCCGGAUCCGGCGGCCGUUGUGGCCCUUUGACGACGACACGGCCUUCGGGGUGCCGCCAAAGCUGUCGGCACGCAUUAUUCCACCGUCGACAGAACCGCUGACCGGACCGGACGAGUAA